AUGUUUUUCACGCAGGAUAAACCACCCAGCAAAGAAAAAUCCAAGACAACACUAAGAUUUUUGCCACAGUCAUCUACGGAGAAGUCAGCCAGCAGAGAGAAAGAGAAAGACAGAGGCAAGCAACCAGCCAGGCUUCUGCCGCAGCUGGCCACGGUGAGCACGAAGCCGCAGUGGCAGGAGGCGGCCCCGUCCUUCCAUCUGAACGUAAAGCAGGAGGAGGACAUCCCCGAGCCGUUCAGUGUGAAGAAUGAGCAGUCGUACGCCGAAUACAUGGAGCACUUUGGAAGAAAGGGCACCCUGCUCGACCAAAUUGAUGACAGUUGCGCUGGCCCAUCCACUUCCAAGGCCAAGAGCAAAUUCCCACAUAAGGAACGAGAGAACUUCCGCAGCACGCUGGUGAACGUCAUCAUGCAACAGGAUGCCCUCUCAGACGUGCCUGCUCCCGAGGAAAGUGCGUUUCCCAAAAUGACCACCUCCGCCAUAGAAAAGGACAUCUUGAGAUAUUACUAUUAUAUUCACCAUGGGAUCGAUACUGACCACAUAGCCCCUAUGGAAGAUUCUUGGCUAGAGAACGUAUUGAAUCUGGUCCCCCAACAUCUGAAAGUCCUCACCGACAGCAUCCUCACGCUAUCUGAUGAAAUGAGAGAAGAUUAUCUUCUUAGUGUAAAAAAGUCCAUAGUUGAUUUUGUUUUAAAAGAUCCCAGAGAGAAAGAUGAUAAGAAGGCAGAAGAACUUCCACCCCAUCGUGCUGAAAUGGAAAUUCUCCCGAAACCUUGGAGGAAAUCUUUCCUGGCCGCGAGCAGCUACAUCAGGGACCACCUGAACGCCAUGAACCCCACGAUGCUGGCGGUGCUGGACCUGUGGCACAGCACCUUCAAGAAAUUACGUUUAAUUGAUACAGAAGAAUUUCACAAUCGCCAGGAGGCAUUAGAGCUGUCAAAUUUUCAGACCAUCAUCAUGAGACACCUGGAAACUGCCAAAGAGGCUCUACUUAAAACGUGGUUUCCGGAAGUGCAGAACAUCUAUUACCAAGGCAACAAAAAGAAGCAGCUGCCCACGGGCGAGAGCAGCGCCAAGCUGGAGGCCUUUUUCAACUGCGCCGCGGCGCUGAUGACCUUACAGCUGCAGGACCUCACGCUGUCCUCCAUGCAGGACUUCACAGACCUGAUCGCACAGCCCCCAGAUUCUGUCAGAGCUUUUGAACAUCCAGGUUUCAUCAUGAGGCUGCUUCUUGAUAAUGACACCAUUAAGUUUGAACCUCAGUUCGAAGACUAUAUAGACAUCUUUUUAAAUAUUUAUGAUGUCAUGAUUAAAGCUGUCAGUUUUGUGCCGAGGGUUGAGACAAAAUUGUAUUCCAAGUGGGACAGUAACUCUAAGCCAACAACCUUGGCACCAGUCAUUCUGGAAGAGAUUGUUGAAGCUCACAAAGAAAAGGUUAAGGAAGUGAUCAUGAGAGAGAGCGCAGCCCCCAUCGAGCACCUCAAACUCUACGACAAGUACGACUUCUUGAUCACCAGGAAAGCCGAGAAAGACGUGGACGCGUUCCUUGCAGAAAACCAUCAUUAUGAGAAAAUAAUACAAGAAAUUCGCAAAUACCAACAACUUAUAGAGGACAUACAGUACACAACGAGAAAGACUGUUCGCUUAGGAAUGUUUGAAAUGCGCUGUGAGGACUUAAUUAGAGCUUUGGUGAAGCGAGCAGAGGUUAUUUGUGGAAAACUUGUAGCUAAAAUGUUCAGAGAUCAUCAAGAAAUAAAUACAAGGUUAUGUGAUGAAUUUGAGAAGAUCGCGGAAAAAGCUCUCAGCACCCCUCCAAACACAGCGGAACUGAUGGAAAUGAAGGCUUAUAUUAAGAAAGUGGAGACAGUCGACAUGAUUGAACUGGGACGCAGGCUGGUGGAUUCUAAAAACUGCCUCGCCUUCCUCAUCGAGUGCACCACCUUCUCCCCCGCAGACAUCAGGCUCAACAACAACGCCUUCCAGUGGUACGGGCGGAUGGAGGAGAUCUUCGACGAGCACCGGAGGAUCAUCGCGGAGAAGACGGAGCAGUACCAAGACGGCCUCAAGCUGCGGUGCCAGCGGUUUGUGGAGGAGCUGGAGAGCUACGCGAAGCAGUCGGAGGAGUUUUAUGCCCUGGGCGACCUGCAGGACGUGCAGCGGUACCUGAAGAAGGCCCAGACUCUGAACGGAAAGCUGGACCUCGCGGCGGACAAGAUCGAGCAGUUUAAUGCCGAAGAGGAGGCCUUUGGUUGGCCACCAUCGCUGUAUCCUCAACGCAAAAAAAUCCAAGACAGUCUGAACCCCUACCUUCGUCUCUAUGAAACCGCUGUCGAAUUUAGCACUAAAUAUAGAGCGUGGACAGAAGGGCCGUAUCACAAGGUAGAUCCAGACCAAGUAGAAGUUGACGUUGGCAACUACUGGCGAGGACUCUACAAGCUGGAGAAGACCUUCAACGACUCUCCCAAUGCCCUGGCGAUGACGAAGAAAGUCAAAGCCAAGGUGGAGGAUUUCAAGCAGCACAUCCCUCUCAUUCAAGUGAUCUGCAACCCUGGGCUGCGCCCCAGGCACUGGGAGGCCAUGUCCAACAUUGUGGGUUUCCCCCUGCAGCCCGCCGACGAGUCCACCGUCUCCCCUUUCCUGGACAUGAACCUGGAGCAGUAUUUAGACAGAUUUGAAGGCAUCAGCGAAGCAGCCAGCAAGGAGUACACUCUCGAGAAGACCUUGGAGAAGAUGAUUAAAGAGUGGGACUCAAUGGAAUUUGUCCUUCUCUCUUAUAGAGAAUCUGGGACAUCCAUUUUGUCAUCAGUUGACGAAAUUCAGAUGUUGUUGGAUGACCACAUCAUUAAGACACAGACAAUGCGAGGGUCUCCUUUCAUCAAGCCCUAUGAAAAACAAAUCAGAGAAUGGGAAGGCAAGCUGCUGCUACUGCAGGAGAUUCUGGACGAGUGGCUCAAGGUCCAAGCCACGUGGCUGUACCUGGAGCCCAUCUUCAGCUCUCCUGACAUCAUGUCCCAGAUGCCCGAGGAAGGCCGGCGGUUCACAACUGUGGAUAAGACGUGGAGAGAUAUAAUGAAAACCCUCCUGCAAGAUAAACAUGUUCUGUCCGUUGUGACUAUUGAUAAAAUGUUGGAGAGGCUGAAAAAGUCUAAUGAGCUUUUGGAACUCAUCCUCAAGGGACUCAACGAGUAUCUAGAAAAGAAGCGCCUCUUCUUCCCCAGGUUCUUUUUCCUGUCUAAUGAUGAACUUCUCGAGAUCCUCUCUGAGACCAAAGAUCCUACCAGGGUACAGCCUCACCUGAAGAAAUGUUUCGAAGGGAUCGCCAGGGUGGAGUUCACGGAGACUUUAGACAUCACGCACAUGAAGAGCAGCGAGAACGAGGUGGUGGAGCUCAUCGAGACCAUUUCCACGGUGAAGGCCAGAGGCCAAGUGGAAAAGUGGUUGGUUGAGUUAGAGAGAGUGAUGAUCAGAUCCAUCCGAAAGGUCAUUAAAUCUGCCAUCACUGCCUAUACACAAUAUGAGCGGAUUAAGUGGGUGAGGGUCUGGCCUGGACAGACGGUGCUCUGUGUGUCCCAGACCUACUGGACAACCGAAGUCCAAGCAGCUAUUUCGAAAGGGCAAGAGGCUCUUGAGGAAUACUUGGAAAAAUGUAACAGUCAAAUUGAUGAUAUUGUCACCUUGGUCCGCGGCAAAUUGUCCAAGCAGAAUCGCGUGACUCUGGGGGCCCUUGUGGUGCUGGAUGUUCACGCCAGAGACGUCCUCACGUCCCUGGUGAAUAAGAAAGUCAGUGAUGAAUCUGACUUUGAAUGGUUAAGUCAGCUGAGGUACUACUGGCAGGACAAUAAUUUAGAAACAAAGAUGAUUAAUGCCGGCUUGCGAUACGGGUAUGAGUACCUGGGCAACUCCCCGCGGCUGGUGAUCACUCCGCUCACUGAUCGCUGUUACAGAACCCUGUUCGGAGCCCUGCACCUGCACCUCGGGGGGGCGCCCGAGGGCCCCGCGGGCACGGGGAAGACGGAAACCACCAAGGACUUGGCCAAGGCGGUGGCCAAGCAGUGCGUCGUGUUCAACUGCUCCGACGGGCUGGACUACCUGGCAUUAGGGAAAUUCUUCAAGGGACUGCUAUCUUGCGGAGCCUGGGCUUGCUUUGAUGAGUUUAACAGAAUCGAUUUGGAAGUACUUUCUGUGGUGGCUCAACAAAUUCUUACCAUCCAGAGAGGCAUUAACGCAGGGGCGGACACACUGGUAUUUGAAGGAACGGAACUAAAACUGGACCCCACGUGCGCUGUCUUUAUCACCAUGAACCCUGGGUACGCCGGGCGCUCGGAGCUGCCAGAUAAUCUCAAGGCCCUCUUCCGGACAGUAGCCAUGAUGGUGCCCGACUAUGCCAUGAUCGCCGAAAUAGUCCUGUACUCCUGCGGGUUCGUCACGGCGCGGCCGCUGUCGGUGAAGAUCGUGGCUACGUACCGCCUGUGCUCCGAGCAGCUGUCGUCACAGCACCACUAUGACUACGGCAUGAGGGCCGUGAAGUCGGUGCUCACCGCCGCGGGCAACCUGAAGGGCAUCACUUCGGAUUUGUUUCCUGGGGUGAAGUUGCCAAAGCCAGAUUACAACGACUUGCUGAUGGCCAUCAAAGACAACUGCGAGGCCAUGAACUUGCAAAUGACCAGUUUCUUUUCCGAGAAGAUCCUCCAGAUAUAUGAAAUGAUGAUUGUGCGCCACGGCUUCAUGAUUGUCGGAGAGCCGUUUGGAGGGAAGACCAGUGCCUAUCGCGUCUUAGCUGGAGCCCUAAGUGAUAUCUGUGAAAAGGGCUUAAUGGAAGAAAACAAGGUUCAAAUCACUGUCCUGAACCCUAAGUCUGUCACCAUGGGCCAGCUGUACGGGCAGUUCGACCAGGUGUCACACGAGUGGUCCGACGGGGUCCUUGCUGUCAGUUUCAGGGCCUUCGCCUCUUCGAUGACACCAGACAGGAAGUGGCUGAUCUUCGACGGCCCGGUGGAUGCCGUGUGGAUCGAGAACAUGAACACUGUGCUGGAUGACAACAAAAAGCUGUGUCUGAUGAGCGGGGAGAUUAUUCAGAUGUCACCGCAAAUGAACCUUAUUUUUGAGCCGAUGGAUUUGGAAGUUGCUUCUCCUGCCACCGUUUCCAGGUGUGGGAUGAUUUACAUGGAGCCUCACAUGUUAGGCUGGAGGCCCCUGAUGUUGUCCUGGGUAAACCUCCUGCCUGCGACGCUCAAUGCCACGCAGAAGGAAUUCCUAGUGACCUUGUUUGACAGAAUGGUCCCUGUGUCUGUCGAGUUUAUCAGGAAGCACACCAAGGAAUUAUCUCCUACUUCAGAUACAAACUUAGUCCGAUCCUUAAUGAAUCUAAUAGACUGUUUUAUGGAUGAAUUUGCCGAUGAAGUGAAAGUGAGAGAGAGAAAUGAUCGCGAGGCUUACUCCUUACUCGAGGGCAUUUUUCUCUUUUCGUUGAUAUGGUCCAUCGGUGCUUCUUGUACAGAUGAUGAUCGGUUAAAAUUUAAUAAGAUUCUUCGAGAACUAAUGGAGGGUCCAAUUUCAGACAUAACUCGCAAUAGGUUUAAAAUACUGAGCGGCGCUGAACAAACGACUUCAAAAGCACUCACCGUCCCAUUUCCUGAAAAAAAAACCAUUUAUGAUUAUCAGUUUGUCACUGAGGGAAUAGGAAGAUGGGACCCAUGGAUAAAGAAAUUGGCAGACGCCCCUCCAAUUCCUAAAGAUAUGAUGUUUAAUGAAAUCAUUGUACCAACUCUGGACACGAUUCGCUACUCGGCAUUAAUGGAAUUGUUAACCACCCAUCAAAAGCCAUCAAUAUUUGUAGGACCCACAGGAACGGGGAAGAGUUCUUACAUUAUUAACUUUCUUUUAACUCAAAUCAAUAAAGAAAUCUACAAGCCUCUGCUAAUUAACUUCUCAGCACAAACUACAGCAGCUCAAACUCAGAACAUCAUCAUGUCAAAGCUGGACAAAAGAAGAAAGGGAGUGUUUGGUCCUCCUCUGGGCAAGAAAAUGGUUGUCUUUGUAGAUGACGUCAAUAUGCCUGCGCGGGAGGUGUACGGGGCUCAGCCGCCCAUCGAGCUGCUGAGGCAGUGGUUGGAUCACUGGAAUUGGUACGACCUGAAAGACUGCUCGAUGAUUAAACUAGUGGACGUUCAGAUCAUGUGUGCGAUGGGACCUCCAGGUGGUGGUCGAAAUCCGGUGACUCCUCGAUUCAUGCGGCAUUUCAAUGUUAUAACGAUCAAUGAGUUUAGUGACAAAUCCAUGUAUACAAUCUUCUCUAGAAUCUUAAACUGGCAUUUAAAAACCUGUUACAAAUUUCCAGAGGAUUUUCUAACUUUGACCGCCCAGAUUGUCAACGGUACGAUGAUUCUGUACAAAGAGGCCAUGAAGAACCUCUUGCCCACCCCGGCCAAGUCGCACUACCUGUUCAACCUGCGGGACUUCUCCCGUGUCAUUCAGGGCGUUUGUUUGUCCAGACCGGAAACCACGGCAACCAAAGAGGCCAUUAAGCGUCUUUGGGUUCACGAGGUCCUUAGGGUGUAUUAUGAUCGCCUCCUGGAUAAUGCAGACCGACGUUGGCUUAUCGAGUAUAUUCAAGAAAUUUUGACACAUCAUAUGUAUGAAAAUUUUCAUGAGCUUUUUCAACAUCUGGAUUUCAACGGGGAUGGAGUAGUGGAGGAAGAUGACUUACGCAGCCUCAUGUUUUGUGAUUUCCAUGACCCCAAGAAGGAGGACACCAACUACAGAGAGGUUGAAAAUGUGGACAGCCUCCGGAUGAUCGUGGAAACGCACCUGGAGGAAUACAACAACAUGAGCAAGAAGACCAUGAGCCUUGUCUUGUUCCGCUUUGCCAUCGAGCACAUCAGCCGCAUCUCCAGGAUCCUGAAGCAGCCCCGCAGCCAUGCCCUUCUGGUCGGCGUGGGAGGCAGCGGGAGGCAGUCUGUCACCAGGUUAGCUGCCCACAUGGCUGAUUAUUCCGUCUUCCAGGUCGAAAUCACGAAGGGCUACGGUAACACCGAGUGGCACGAGGAUCUAAAGGUGAUCCUGAGGAAAUGCGCUGAGGGCGAGAUGCAUGGGGUCUUCCUGUUUACAGACACUCAGAUUAAAAGGGAGUCGUUUCUAGAAGAUGUCAACAAUCUGCUCAAUGCGGGGGAAGUGCCGAAUCUCUUUGCAUUAGACGAGAAGCAAGAGAUAUGCGAGAAGAUGCGCCAGCUCGACCGCCAACGGGAUAAAACCAAACAGACCGACGGGAGCCCCAUCGCUCUGUUCAACAUGUUCAUCGAUCGCUGCCGCAGCCAGCUGCACGUCGUCCUGGCCAUGAGCCCCAUUGGGGAUGCCUUUCGGAUUCGUCUGAGAAAGUUCCCGGCUCUUGUUAACUGCUGUACCAUUGACUGGUUUCAGUCGUGGCCUGAGGACGCCCUCCAGGCAGUGGCCUCACGCUUUUUGGAAGAAAUUGAGAUGUCAGAGGAGAUACGGGACGGCUGCAUCGACAUGUGUAAAAGCUUCCACACGUCCACUAUCGACUUAUCCACGUCCUUCCACGUCGAGCUUCAAAGAUACAAUUAUGUGACUCCAACCUCGUAUCUGGAAUUAAUCUCCACCUUCAAACUGCUGUUGGAAAAUAAAAGAAGUGAAGUGAUGAAGAUGAAGAAGAGGUAUGAGGUGGGUCUGGAGAAACUGGAUUCCGCGGCAUCUCAAGUCGCCUCCAUGCAGCUGGAGCUGGAGGCGCUCCACCCUCAACUAAAGGUUGCCAGCAAAGCGGUGGACGAAAUGAUGCUGAUGAUCGAGAGGGAAUCGUUCGAAGUGGCCAAAACGGAAAAAAUCGUGAAAGCUGAUGAGAUCGUGGCAAACGAGCAGACCAUGGCAGCCAAGGCCAUCAAGGACGAAUGUGACGCCGACCUGGCGGGGGCCUUGCCCAUCCUCGAGUCGGCGCUUGCGGCCCUGGACACCCUGACCGCGCAGGACAUUACAGUGGUCAAGUCCAUGAAGAGUCCGCCUGCUGGGGUCAAGCUCGUGAUGGAGGCCAUCUGCAUCCUGAAAGGCAUCAAAUCCGACAAGAUACCCGACCCCACGGGUUCCGGGAAGAAGAUAGAGGAUUUCUGGGGUCCAGCUAAGAGACUCCUCGGUGACAUUCGAUUCCUACAGUCCCUUCAUGAAUAUGACAAAGAUAACAUUCCUCCGGCCUACAUGAACAUCAUCAGGAAAAAUUACAUUCCAAAUCCGGAUUUUGUCCCAGAAAAGAUCAGAAACGCGUCCACGGCGGCCGAGGGCCUGUGCAAGUGGGUCAUUGCCAUGGAUUCGUACGACAAAGUGGCAAAAAUAGUCGCUCCCAAAAAGAUCAAGCUGGCUGCAGCGGAAGCGGAGCUCAAAGUGGCCAUGGACGGCCUCCGGAAGAAGCAGGCCGCCCUGCACGAGGUGCAGGACAAGCUGGCCAAGCUGCAGGACAAGCUGGAGCAGAACAAAGAGAAGAAGGCUGAUCUGGAGAACCAGGUUGACUUGUGCAGCAAGAAGCUGGAACGCGCCGAGCAGCUGAUUGGCGGCCUCGGGGGCGAGAAAACCCGCUGGAGCCAAUCGGCCCUGGAGCUGGGGCUGCUGUACAUCAACCUGACGGGCGACAUCCUCAUCUCCUCGGGGGUCGUGGCCUACCUGGGCGCCUUCACCUCCAACUACCGCCAGAACCAAGUGAAGGAGUGGACAGACCUGUGCAAGGGCAGGGGCAUCCCCUGUUCCGAAGACUACUCCCUGAUGGGCACCCUGGGAGAAGCCGUGACCAUCCGCACCUGGAAUAUCGCUGGGCUACCUUCAGAUUCGUUUUCCAUUGACAACGGAAUCAUCACCAUGAACGCGAGAAGGUGGCCUCUGAUGAUAGACCCUCAAGGUCAGGCUAAUAAAUGGAUCAAGAACAUGGAAAAGACCAACAGUCUGCAGCUGAUUAAAUUCAGUGACCCUGACUAUGUCAGGACGCUGGAGAACUGCAUCCAGUUUGGGACCCCUGUGCUGCUGGAGAACGUGGGCGAGGAGCUGGACCCCAUCCUGGAGCCGCUGCUGCUGAAGCAGACCUUCAAGCAUGGCGGCAGCACGUGCAUCCGCCUGGGGGCCCCGGUCCCGCAGCUGGAGCUCGGGGACUGCACGCACCUCGUUCUCUGCAGACGUGACCCCCGCUCCUCUGGAGCCGGGGUGACAUUAUUAAACUUCAUGAUAACGUCAGAGGGAAUGCAGGACCAGCUGUUGGGAAUUGUGGUGGCGCGAGAAAGGCCGGACCUUGAGGAGGAAAAACAAGCCCUGAUACUGCAAGGAGCUGAAAACAAAAGGCAGUUAAAAGAAAUAGAAGACAAGAUUUUGGAAGUUCUUUCGUCUUCGGAAGGCAACAUCUUAGAAGACGAAACUGCGAUUAAGAUACUGUCUUCCUCCAAGGCGUUGGCCAAUGAGAUCUCGCAGAAGCAGGAGGUGGCCGAGGAGACGGAGCGGCAGAUUGACACCACCCGCAUGGGCUACCGGCCCAUCGCCAUCCACUCCACCAUCCUGUUCUUCUCCAUUGCCGACCUCGCCAACAUUGAGCCCAUGUACCAGUACUCGCUGAACUGGUUUAUUAACCUUUUCAUCCUGUCUAUUGAGAACUCGGAGAAUUCAGACAUUUUAUCUAAAAGGCUGCAGAUUCUCAGGGACCACUUCACGUACUCGCUCUAUGUGAACGUGUGCCGGUCGCUCUUUGAGAAGGACAAGCUGCUCUUCUCCUUCUGCCUCACCGUGAACCUGCAGAUCCACGAGCACGCGAUUAAUAAGGCCGAGUGGAGGUUUCUGCUCACGGGAGGCAUCGGCCUGGACAACCCUUACACCAACCCUUGUACGUGGCUUCCUCAGAAGUCCUGGGAUGAGAUCUGUCGCCUGGACGAGCUGCCCUCCUUUAAAGCCAUCCGGAAGGAGUUCAUGCACCUCAAGGACGGGUGGAAAAGAGUCUAUGAUAGUUUGGAGCCACAUCACGAGGCUUUUCCUGAAGCGUGGGAGGACAAGAUGAAUGAUUUCCAGAGGAUGCUCAUCAUUCGCUGCCUGAGGCCGGACAAGGUGAUUCCAAUGCUGCAAGAAUUUAUAAGCAGCAAGUUGGGGCGCAUGUUCAUUGAGCCGCCCCCCUUUAACCUGUCCAAGGCGUUCGCAGACAGCAACUGCUGCGCGCCCCUGAUCUUCGUGCUCUCCCCGGGGGCCGACCCCAUGGCCGCCCUGCUCAAGUUCGCUGAUGACCAGGGGUACGGGGGAGCGAGACUUAGCUCUUUGUCUCUUGGUCAAGGCCAAGGGCCCAUCGCUAUGAAGAUGUUAGAAAAAGCUGUCAAGGAAGGAACGUGGGUGGUUCUUCAGAACUGCCACCUGGCCACCUCUUGGAUGCCGACCCUUGAGAAAGUGUGCGAGGAGUUAAGCCCAGAGUCCACACACCCAGACUUCCGAAUGUGGCUGACCAGUUACCCGUCUCCCAACUUCCCCGUGGCCGUCCUGCAGAACGGAGUGAAAAUGACCAACGAGGCCCCGAAAGGGCUCCGGGCGAACAUCAUCCGCUCCUACCUCAUGGACCCCAUCUCGGACCCCGAGUUCUUUGACAGCUGCAAGAAGCCCGCCGAAUUCAAGAAGCUGCUCUACGGCCUCUGCUUCUUCCACGCUCUGGUACAAGAGCGACGGAAAUUCGGGCCCCUGGGCUGGAACAUUCCUUACGAGUUCAACGAGACUGACCUGCGGAUCAGCGUCCAGCAGCUGCACAUGUUCCUGAACCAGUACGAGGAGCUGCCCUACGACGCCCUGCGGUACAUGACGGGCGAGUGCAACUACGGCGGCCGGGUGACGGACGACUGGGACCGCCGCACGCUGCGCAGCAUCCUCAACAAGUUCUUCUGCACCCAGCUGGUGGAGGACCCGGGCUACAAGUUCGACUCGAGUGGCAUCUACUUUGCCCCCCCGCCUGGUGAGCACAAGAGCUACAUCGAAUACACGCAGACCCUGCCGCUGACCCCUGCCCCGGAAAUCUUCGGGAUGAACGCCAACGCAGACAUCACCAAAGACCAGUCCGAAACGCAGCUGCUCUUCGAUAACAUCCUUCUCACACAGUCUCGUUCGGCAGAAGCUGGCGCCAAAUCCUCCGAGGAAGUGCUGAAUGAGGUCGCGGGCGACAUUUUGGGGAAACUGCCCAACAACUUUGACCUUGAGGCUGCGAUGAGGAGGUACCCAACCACCUACACUCAGAGCAUGAACACGGUGCUCGUCCAGGAGAUGGGCCGCUUCAACAAGCUGCUGCAGACCAUCCGGGAGUCGUGCAUUAACAUUCAGAAGGCCAUCAAGGGGCUGCUGGUGAUGUCCACAGACCUCGAAGAGGUGGUCAGCAGCAUCCUGAACGUCAAGAUCCCGGGGAUGUGGAUGGCCAAGUCCUACCCGAGCCUCAAGCCCCUCGGCAGCUACGUGAACGACUUCCUCACCCGGCUGAGGUUCCUGCAGCAAUGGUACGAGGUGGGCCCGCCCCCAUCCUUCUGGCUGUCCGGCUUCUUCUUCACACAAGCCUUCCUGACGGGCGCCCAGCAGAACUUCGCCCGCAAGUACACCAUCCCCAUCGACCUCCUUGGGUUUGACUACGAAGUGCUGGAGGACAAAGACUACAAGGUCCCUCCGGAAGACGGUGUCUUAAUUUAUGGAUUAUUUUUGGAUGGAGCUUCCUGGAAUAGAAAGAUAAAGAAACUUGCAGAAUCACAUCCCAAAAUUCUUUAUGAUAUAGUGCCUGUGAUGUGGCUGAAGCCCUGCCGGAGGACAGACAUCCCCAAACGACCCAGCUAUGUGGCGCCGCUGUACAAGACGAGCGAGCGGAGGGGGACGCUGUCCACCACGGGCCAUUCCACGAACUUCGUCAUCGCCAUGACGCUGCCCUCCGACCACCCGAAGGAGCACUGGAUCGGGCGUGGCGUGGCCCUGCUGUGCCAGCUCAACGCCUAGCUGGACACCCGGCCCUGCCCCUCUCCUUACGUGAUCGAGCAGAAGUAUAUUUUCCUUUUUAAACAAUCUAGUUAGUGUUGAUCUGUCUAAAGUUACACUUAAUUAUAAGCCUGUUAAUGUGCAAAUGCAGACUUUGUUUACGAUGAUUCACCUUGGGCGUAAGGAAAUGUCCUCGAAUAAAGAUUAAAGACAGCA